GGAAAAUUAUUUUUCUUGCUCAUCAAUCUCAUUUUUUUAUCGAACACAUACUCUUUCCGCAGCUCAAUAAUUCUAUAAUAAAAAUAAGUAACAUUGAAAUUACUUGUUCUUUUUUCAUAUAAUUUUUGAAAAUAUUUCACUAAUAUUACUUUUGAAAAAGUGAUGAACAAAAAAGUUACCUAGUGGAGUAACUAUUAGUGACUAGUGUUCAUAGUGACUACAUGAUAGUUACUCUCCGUUUUCUAAUUCAUGUCCCUCUUUUCAUUUUGUGUUGUUCUCUAAUGGUUGUCUCUUUUUCCAUUUUUAGAAAAUGUUUUCAAUCAAUAUACCAAUUUACCCUCACUCUCUUUCUUUCUUUUUCAUUUUCUUUCUUAGUUUUUCAUUUAAACACAACGCAUUACACUUUUUACAUUACUUCUAUUAUUUUUUUCUUAAAACUUGUGUCAAAGUGUCAAACCCUAUAGAGACAACUAUUGAACAACAAAGAAAGUACUAUGUAUUAUAAUUAAACUUUGAAUACAAUUGUAUUAACUAAUAAUUACUAAAUCACAUUUUUGUCUACCUUAUUUUAUCGGUAAAAUUACAGGAAAGCUGUCAUUUAAGUUCAAUGCCAAAAGGGAUCUAAAAUUUGUUUUGGACUUUCGUCCUUCCAAAGUCCAAACAAUUCAUCCAACCCUAACACCAAAAGUAUUAAGCUUCCGGCGAGCAUGCUACCGAGAAUUAACUUCUAAUUCCGAUCGCUGGGAAGUUAAUGUUUGACUGCAUCUCUAUUUUCUUCAAAACUAAGGUCCAAAUUACAUGAGGUUUAAGAUCAGAAGCCCAUUCCCUUUUCACCUCAUUAAGGGUUCCUCUGGUUUCUUCUCUAUGCAAGAAAUGACUGCGCUAUGCUGCUAAAUCCGGAAAUCGAGACUUACUGGUCGACUGGUUUAAUUGUAGAUCGGAUACUCUGUUGAGUGUUGAAGGCUUUAUUUACAUACUGCCGAGCUGUUUCAAACUAAUGGCUCGUCGUAGUCGUCGAAGCAAACCUGGGUCGGAUCUAAUAAGUCAACUACCGGAAGAUUUGAAGCACAAAAUAUUGGAGCAUUUGGACACUCGAAGCGCAGCGAAAACUGCUCUUGUCUCCAGGAAAUGGAAGGAUGUUUGGUUGCGGCAUGGUCAGCUUGCCUUUGUUUCGGAAAAUUGCCCAAAUGGAGGCCGUGACGAGGAUGAUUUCAAGUUUUUAGUGAAAACGAUAACUAACGUUCGCCUGCUCCGUACUGGGCCAGUUAAGCGAUUCUCCUUCUCAAUUUACAGCGAGUUCGAUACUCCUGAACAAUCUGAUCUUGAUGUUUGGUGUCUGUUUCUAUCAAGAAAUGGUAUUGAGCAACUUUACCUAGGUAUUCUUCCUCAUCCAGACAGUGAGAAGCUCACAAUACCGUCUUGCAUAAUUUCCUGCCCGACAAUAAAGAGACUGUAUGUUGAGGCUGUUGAUUUUUGUGGCCCAGUUUGUGCUCCACAUGGUAGUAUAUUAUCUGGUGUGACCUCUAUUAUUUUCACCGCUGUUGAGUUUAAGGCCACGGCUAGAGGAAUUGUCCGUGUUAACAUUCCUAAUCUUGAGGAGCUUAUACUAUGUUCCUGUUGUCGGAUUGAAAAUUUUGUGUUCAGUGCUCCGAAACUUAAAAGCCUCACUAUCAUUUAUGCUCAUUCCCGUAUUGAAUUGAAAUGGUUUGAACUUCAUCUUUUAGGGAUCAGGACUCUUUGUUUGACGAUAGACUCAGUUUUGGUAAGAACCUUGCCUUUCAUUUGUGAAUAAUGUUGCGAAAUCUAUAGUUUCCACUGUUGUUAUUGUCUUUGUUUUAUUCAAGGUUAACAUUUGUUUUUACCUUGUGAAGCUUAAACCUGCAAGAAAUAUCCAAGAGUGGUUCCCAACGGCAAUGAAUCUGCAAGUGAUUAAGCUACAUUAUUUUGCUUUUCUCUGCCAUAAGCACAUUGUUCUUGUCAUUCAUUUGCAUAAAAAAUGUCCAAACCUACUGGAACUAGGAAUUGAGAUCGAAUGAUAGAUACGCAGAAAUUUGACGAUAAAGGGAAGUAUAUUAGAUGAAAUUGAUAGACUGAAAAAGAAAGAUACAGUGAGACACUUCGAGCAGUCCCCUCUCCCAAGCCAAAGCCUAUCCCAAUUUCUGCCUACUCCUUCCCUUCCUUCCUUCCCACUCUUAUAAGAUUUCUAUCCUUAAGAGCCGGCCCAAGCUCCUGAAUUACAUGGCCCAAACCCUCACUUGUACACUAACAAAUUAUUUGAUAUUAUUCUAUUACUAUUAUUAACUCUAAUUAGCCCGGUUCCCUAUCAUAUCUCCCCCCUUAGACAACCACCUUGUCCUCAAGGUGGGUGAUAGGAAACAGCCCUAACCAACAUCUUCUUCUUCAUCCUUGCGCCUCUUCCUUC